AUGCAGACGACGAUUCAGACGAACGGAAGAACGAAUGCAUCGUCUUCUCUUCGUCCCCUUGGUCUUCGUUGUCGAGGGAGACACGGAGCAGCAGUUUUAAAAGCAUCCGGAAGAGGAACACCAGUGAGAAGAUUACGCGUCGAAAACGUCAUCACCCCGACGACGAAUAAAAAAGCGACGACAACAACUGGGUGCUUGGGGUUAGCCGCUGCCGCACUUUUUCACGCACCGGCAGCUUUCGCCGCCGCGGCUGAGAAUGCGGUCCCGUCCGCCUUUGCUGCCUACGGACACUAUCUCGGUUUACUCCUUAUCGUCGGUUCGUUGGCGACGGAGAAAGCGAUUUUGAAGCCAAACAUGUCCGGAGACGAGCUGAUGAAACUGGUGAUUGCGGAUUCGGUGUACGGCAUCGCCGGCGUGCUCGUUUUGUACACGGGGUAUUUACGCGUGACGCAAUACGGAAAAGGGUGGGAGUUUUAUUCGCACGAACCGAUAUUUUGGUUCAAGAUGUUCUUGUUCGCGGUGAUGGGGUCGUCGAGUUUGUUCGUGACGAUAAAGACGAUCACGACGUUCGCGGAGAAGCAAAAGAGCACGGACGAAAACGAGACGUACAUUAGCGAAAAGUUGGCGACGAGGAUGGGGAAGGUGUUAAACGGGGAGUUGUUGGCGGUGUUGGCGAUUCCGUUAGCUGCGACGACUAUGAGUAGAGGGAUUUUGUUUCAACAAGAGAUGGAUUGGCACUUAGGCGCGGCGCCGGUGGCGCUCGCCUCGGCCGGACUCGGGUUCAAGUACGUGAAGGAAGCGUUAACGUGGAGCGAAGAUUAA